GUUGAGCCCUUGAAAGAAAAUUAAAGAGCUGUAAGCCGGGGACCCUGAGCCAGGGGCAUGAAGGGCGGGGCACACUUGGCCAGGUUUGUUUCCCCCUGAAGAACCACGCCGGCCAGGCAGGGACCGGGCCCAUCAGUGGUGCCGCGGGCGCAGAGGACAGGGCUCACUAGGCUUUGGGCCAUCUGGCGAAACAGGCGUGUGGAAAGCGAGUCUAGGAGCAAAACGGGGUUGCGUUGCCAGGCACAGCUGAGAGCCCUUCCGUUUGGGGACACCGAUGUAUGCAGAUAGCGGUGGACCCUGGGGUGGUGUCUUUCACCAGCAGCACGCGGCCGCGGAGGUACCGGCUGAGAAAGGGGAGCGAAGGCGGCAUUGCCAGGCGCGGGGAUGAGAAGACACCGGCUUGCACAGUUAGGGAAUCGGAAAGAGCGCCACGGGACGCACAGGCCACAGAAUCUACACGGCACAAGAGAAACGGGAAGAGAGGAGAGCGCCGCCCGCAGCAAGCCGGGUCCCGUGGGAGCGACGCACAGCGCAGCCGCAACUGCGGGCGGGACACACGCGAGGAAGGAGACGCUCCGGCGCCUGCUGUCGCAGGGGGCGCUGCUUCACAGCAUCACCGCUCCAGCGUGAGCCGGCGGGAGGUGUCCGCGGAAGAGGACCGGCGCAGAAGGUCUGUCUGGACGUCGCCUGGAUCAUCCCUGCGAGGUCGAAGGCACCCGGGAAGAAGGCAGGAUUUGAAAUGGGAGAGACCUGGGCGCCAGAUGGGUCAGCUCAGCCUUGGUGAAGACUGUGGGCCAGGGAGGGGCCACAGAUGGAAGGCAAGGAGACUAGCUGCAAAAACAUUGACUGGUGGCUCGUCGUGUCCCAGAAAUUUAUUCUUCAAGACAUCCUUUGAGCCAGCAGCCGCCACUGUCAAAAUGCCCCCCCCCUCUCUGGCAGUGUGGAGGCCUCUGCCAAGACCAUGGCAAAUCCUCACUCACUCUCUCUGAAACAACUCCUCGCAUUCCGUAGCCCUGGCUCCUGCUUGCCGCACUCAAACACAGCUGUUAUCACCCGUGCGAAAUCAGCAGUACCGUUCCAGGCAAUAAAAUGACUACGAAACACCAGUCUUUGCACUGGGGGUCAGCUAAGGGGCCAAAUAUAAACCGUCCACUCAAGCCUGCCAAGUCAGUCAAUCCCACCCACCAUACCUCUCAGGCCUGGUCCAAGUCCAACACGGGGGUGUGGAGGAAGAGAAUGGCCCAGAAACCGUGGCCUCCCCUGACUGCAGCAGCCUUCGCAGGGGCGGGCAGCUGGAUGGCACCCACCUAGGUUCUGAGCUGGGAACACCGGCUGAACUAUGGACCCACGACCCAGCACUCAGAGCAAAUUCCUGUACCCCAGCCUCAGCAGAGUACAGAGCAGCAGAAGCCCCUGCACCAGCAGAGACUCAUUCCUAGCCACACUGGCCGCCCCUGCCCCCUGAAAAUGGCAGAAAUCCCCGCAUCGGAGAGCACCAGACUGCCCACUGCUUUGUGUCUGCUUGGAGCCCUCCGCAGCACCGGCCGCGGGCGUAGCCACAUAUGCAUGUGUAAACUCUUCCCAACAAGGGGCCCUGCCUCCUUGAUUCUGUAAUGAUCAGACCUAACGGAGCACAGCAAAGUAUUCCUCCCAGAAUUCCCUAACUCCAGGCCUGGAUGUCCCAUUGCCUACUCACCUUCUCCACUUGGAUGGAGAAAUGGACAUCUCAAAGUUAACAUGCCCAGAAGCUUCCCUCUCGAACUUGUCCUGCUUUCCUUCUUCCCCAUCUUGGGCAAUGCCAGAACCAUCCUUCCAGUUCCUCAGGCCACAAACCUUCAAAUCAAAACCCACAUCCUGUCCAAGGACUGUCUCUUCGAGGUAUAUACAGGGUCCCACUGCUUUCUCGCCUCCAAACACAAGCCACAGCCAUUUUUCUCCUGGGUUAUUAUAACAGUCUCCUAAAUGUCUCUCUUACACCCUUCCCCCUCCUCAGACUAGUCUCACCUGGAAGCCGCUGUUGCCUUAAAAAGAAUAAGUCAGACCACACCAUACUCAGCUAAAAAAACUCUCCAAAGGGUCCUCAUCUCACUCAGAGUACUUACAAUGGCCCAUGAAGCUCUACACAAUCUGGUACACAUGGACACACACACACACACACACACACACACCCCUUUCCUCUCUGACCUCCUCUCCUGUUCCUCAUCCCCUUGCUCACCCUGGCGUCUUGUUCUUCCUUGAAUAUGCCAUCCCUGGUUCUGCCUCAGGGCCUUUGCACUUGCUAUCUCCUUUGCCUGAAGGGCCCUUCCCUUCUUCACCAAAAUAUCACUAUAGUUCUCUGUGAUAGUUUUACAACAUGCUCACCAGUUCUUUGAUGGUCUCCCCCUUCAGGAGGUGGAGCCUAAUUUCCCUCCUCUUGACCUAGUGGCGCAACUCUAAGGAACAGAAUGCAGCAGAGCAAUGGUGUGGGACUUCAGGGACUAUGUCAUAAAAGGCACUGCAUCUUCCCCCUCAUUUGCUCUCUCUUGGAUCACUCCCUCUAGGGGAAGUCAGCUUCCAUGUCAUGAGGACAGUCAGAUGGCUCUGUGCAGAGGUCUACACGGUACGAAAGCAAAAGCGAGGCCUCCUGCCCAGAGCCGCAGGAGGGAGCAACCGUGGAGGCAGACCCGUCGACUCCAGACAGGCCUUCAGGGGAUGCGACCCCAGCCAUCAGCUGGACUCCAGCCUCAUGAGAGAUCCGGGGCCACAACCACCUGGCUAAGCUGCUCUGAAAUUCCCCACCCUCAGAAACUGAGAGAUAAUAAACCUUUGCUGCUUUAAGCUUCCAA